GGCCGCCGCCAGUCAAUGAGAGGACGGCAUGGGCUCACGUGACGCUAGGGUAGCGUGAGGGCUACCCCGUUGCAUUUUGGCCAAUAGGAGGCCGCCCCCCUCACGUGACCCAGAACGUCACUGCGGGAAGCCGGGGACGGGCGCUACGGCAGCCGGGAAGCGGCGAUGUCGGGGGACGGCGAACGCUCCCCGUUGCUGCCCGCGGAGCUUGGCGAGCCGGGCACUGCCGGGGCGGGCGGGACCCUGGCCGGGCCUGGCGGGCUCGUGCCCUCCGCGCCGCUCCCACCCUACGGGGGCCCCGCGGCAGGGAAGCCGGCCCCGCCCCAUGGCUUCCCACCGUUCCCAGACGGGCAUCCAGCUGUGCUGCCCGGCGAGGACCCCCCGCCCUACUCCCCCAUGGCCAGCCCCGACAGUGGCAGCGCCCCCAUGAUCACCUGCCGCGUCUGCCAGAGCCUCAUCAACGUGGAGGGCAAGAUGCACCAGCACGUGGUGAAGUGCAGCGUCUGCAACGAGGCCACGCCGAUCAAGAACGCUCCCCCAGGGAAGAAGUAUGUGAGAUGUCCCUGCAACUGCCUGCUGAUCUGCAAGGUGACGUCCCAGCGCAUCGCCUGUCCCCGGCCCUACUGCAAAAGAAUCAUUAACCUGGGCCCGGUGCACCCGGGGCCCCUGAGCCCUGAGCCUCAGCCUGUGGGAGUGCGGGUCAUCUGUGGGCACUGCAAGAAUACUUUCCUGUGGACAGAGUUCACAGACCGCACCUUAGCCCGCUGCCCGCACUGCCGCAAAGUCUCCUCCAUCGGGCGCAGGUACCCCUGGAAGAGAUGCAUCUGCUGCCUCCUCCUGGGUGUCGUAGUGGCUGUAGCUGCCACAGGCCUAGCGUUUGGCACAUGGAGGCACGCCCGGCGGUACGGCGGGAUCUACGCCUCCUGGGCGCUGAUCAUUCUGCUGGCCGUGCUGUGUCUGGGCCGGGCCAUGUACUGGGCCUGCAUGCGAGUCAGCCACCCCGUCCAGAACUUCUCCUGAGCCGCCCCUGCCGCGCGGAUCAGCCAGCUCCUGCCCAGCCCCCUGGUCCGCUCCUGUGCCUCUCGCCUUGCUCCUGCUCCCCUCCCAUCCUGCCGGAGCCUGAGCAGGAGACCCCCACGGGACGGGACCAAUGGCGGCGGCUGCGGUGGUCUCAAGGGCAAGGGGCCCGCCAGCCCAAGAGGGCAGCUGAACUCUGGUAGUUCUGUCUGGACCAACCCGAGAGGGAGCUGGAUUCCAGUGGCUUGGCUGGGACCCACCACCCAGGAGACCGGGAACCCACCCAGCCAAGGGACACUGGGUGACAGAGAGAGGACACCCCCGCUCCCCUCCCCAAGGGAGACUGGAUGAUGGAGCUGGGACCCACCACCCCAGAGACCCCACACACCCAAAGGACACUGGACGAUAGAGCUGGGACCCACCACCCCAGAAACCCCACGCACCCAAGGGACACUGGAUGACGGAGCUAGGACCCCCCCACCCAAGGGACACUGAACGAUGGAGCUGGGACCCACCACCCCGGAGACCCCACGCGCUCAAGGGACACCGGACGAUGGAGCUGGGACCCACCACCCCAGAAACCCCACGCACUCAAGGGACACUGGAUGACAGAGCUAGGACCCCUCCACCCAAGGGACACUGGACAAUGGAGACGGGACUCACCACCCUUGAGACCCCAUGCACCCAAGGGACCCUGGACAAUGGAGUUGGGACCCACCAUCCCCUCCCAAGGGACACUGGACGAUGGACCUGGGACCCACCACCCCGGAAACCCCCCGCACCCAGGGGACACUGGAGCUGGAACCUCCUCCCCUCUCCACAACACCCUCUGCACCCAAGGGACCCUGGCUGACAGAGCGGCAACCCAGUGCCCAGGAUGAGGUGGCCGCUUAGUCACUGAGCGUCCCACAUCCGUCCUGAUGGGGGCACUGCCAUGCCCAGCACCUCCUUGGUCUGCAGGGAAGUGGCGUGGGAGGUGGCCCCACAGUGGGGGGGCAUUGAGUACAUUCUGGGGGGGUGGGACCCGCUGGGGAGGGGAGCUGACACCGGGGGAUGAGAAGGAUUCAGCUCACUGCUGCUUCAUGAUGGGGUCACCUCUUAGACCACCAUUCACCCCACUGAUCUGUGCUCUGUCAGCCAUGCCCCCCGCCUCCCAAGCCGGCCUGUCCCUGCCCUGGGGCCACAUCGGAGCUGGCGCCUCCUAGAGGGGACAGACCCCAUGUCCCGUUCCCUUCCUCACUGACCCAGCCUGUCCCUGCCCUGGGGCCAGGUGGGAGCCGGCGCCUCCUAGAGGGGACAGACCCCAUGUCCCGUUCCCUUCUCACUGACCCAGCCUGUCCCUGCCCUGGGGCCAGGUGGGAGCCGGCGCCUCCUAGAGGGGACAGACCCCAUGUCCCGUUCCCUUCUCACUGACCCAGCCAGUCCCUGCCCUGGGGCUAGGUGGGAGCCGGCGCCUCCCAGAGGGGACAGACCCUGGGCCCCUUUCCCUGCCCCCCCCCGAGCCAGCCAGUGUCCACCCUGGGGCUGGAUGUGAGCCAGGGCUGCCUAGAGGGGACAGGCCUGUGCCCCUGCUCUGUUUAGGGACCAAAGGUAACUUUUAUUUGGGUGGGGGAGCUGGGGGGGGGGCAGCCCCUGUCCCAAUCCCAAUCCUCCCCCCGGCAGGGGCAGCUGGGGGUGCUGUCUCUGCUGCCCGGGGGGAAGCUGCUCUGGGUUUGCUCUCUUCCCCCCCCCACCUCCCCGCCCGGCUGCUCUGGUUCUUUGCACAUUCCUGGGGGUGGGGAGCCAAUGGGUAAUAGCCCCCUUGCAUGGGGGCCCUGAGCCUUCCCAGCAUGCCUGUGAGCUCCCCCCCCCCCCAGGGCCACCCCUUCCCAUCCAGCCCCUCACCCCCCCCUUGGGCUGAUGGCUGCAGCCUGGGGAGCAGAGCGCUGCCCCCAUUGCUGCAUGGGGUGUGUGAUACUAACUCAGUCCCCUCUCGACACGCCUCUUGGCUGGGCCCUGCCUCCUCGGGGGUGUGGUUUGAGGACCCCCAGGGGGCUGCAGGGGACCAGGGGGAGCUCCCCAGAGGGCUGGUGAUGAGGGGCGCCUGGUGCUGGCCUCCCGCUCGGGGAGGGAGAACGGAACAUCUCCGGCCUUGGUUCUUCAGGGAUCUUUGCGGGGUGGGACGGGUUCAUCCCCUUUGCUGGGGCUCCUCGCUGCUCUGGCUUGUACA